AAACACAGGAAGGUUGUCCUCUUUUCCAUGCGUCAUUCAUCAUUAAAUGUAUGAAGAUUUGCGCUGGCUCCGCCACUGCUGGUUCCUCUUAAGCUCACUAUUGCGGCUGUGUGGUGGAGGGCCGUCAUCCAUCCCCGAGUUUGUCUCCAGGUUUGAGCAAACACAGCAGACGCAGCACUCUGUUCAUAUUAGCGUGUGUCAGAUAAGACCAAAUAGAAAGCUAAUCGUUUCCCCUUUUACCGCAUGUAUAACAGGAAGCAGUGCGGCGUCCUCCGGGAGCUGCUCUUUUCUCUGUUUGUGUAAUCCCCCAGACUUAUUUGGACAAAUGUGCAAAUGGAAAUGGACGUCGUUGGUUAUCUUGAAUAAAGUGAAGUCGGUGGUUAAGCAGGAAAAGCUUUUAGAGGAGAGUGAAGCAGGCGUCCAGCACAUGAGUGGGUUUCAACACUGACUUCCACUCUCUAAUAUUUCAGCCAGUUGAGUUACUACCAAGGAAACAGACAGAAUUCAACUCGUGAAAAAUGUCAUUUUGGAGAAAAAUUGUUGAUAUACAAUUGGAGUUGAUAUACAGAGGGAAAAAAACGAAAAUCAGGUAAGAAUAACAGAAGUGACGGCCUAUUGGCAGGAAACACUCCCUCCAGACGGUGUGAUGUCCUUACUUUACCUAGAAGUGUAAAGUCAACUUGGAAUGCAGUGGUUCAGAAUGAAACAUUGUUGUGAAAUCUAUCUACUGUGUCGGUACCAGGAGGAUAACAGUUAUGUAUAGAAGCCAGUCUGCCAAGUAAACACAGCAAAAAUGAAACAAGUACAAUAUGAGAAGUAACAAUCCUCACCUAGCAUUAGCUACGGAGAUAAAUUACUCUAUCUAUUUAUCUUUACUUGUAUUUAAUUUGUUUUGUCACGAUACUUGUUUAGAUAUAAUCUGUAUUUAUUUGUCUUGUGUUGUUUAAUAACUUGUGACUUCACUUUUUUUUUCUUUUUUUUUUUGCUGAUGCUUUGUAGAUGUCUUUGAUGUUUGUUGUGUAUCUUUAAUGCCUUUGAUAUAUGUCAGUGUCUUAGUUGUCAAUGGCUGCUGUGACAUGCUGAAUUCCCCCCACUGUGGGACAAAUCUAAAAAUCGAAUCUAAAUAUAAUGUACGAGGAAGAAUUGAACACUGUGUCAUAACGUUCAGAGAAAACAAUGAAAUACGAGGAGGUCAAAAGUUUUGUUUUUUUAAGGGAGUAAAUAUUUAAUGACAAGUCAAAGAAAACAGGUUGUUUCUAAAGAAACACAAAAUGACUCUUAAAAGAUGUACGCAUUCCAGUUACAUAGAAUGUUAAAUAUCUUGAGUCACCUUAUUUUACACAAGAACAAUAGAAUUAAAAAAUGAUAUAUGGGCCUGGUCUGGGUCUCAUAGUGGGCGGAGUUGUAGUUUCUUCUGGCCUUUUGUUCAGCUGUGAUGUGUUCUUUUCUUUGAUACUUAUCAGAGGUCUUAAAGGGAUCCACAAAGGGGCCACACUGGGUACAGGUUUUUGUUGCAACUAACCAGGAGGAUAACCAAACACCAAUAAGAUGUCUGAAGAUGGUUGUUUGUCAGCCUGGUGUCACUUGUUUCAGCUGACACCUGAUUGGUUACCCAAUGUGAGCCUGCACCCACUGAGGCUCUUUUUUCAUUUUCGAUCAUUUGACUAAACUUUGUGCCCAGACAAAGUAGGUCCAGAAGUUUCCUCCACCUGCUGCCUCCGUCGUCUGGAUCACAACCUGUAACUCCCCCGCCAGGACCAUAAAUGGACUUAACCGGCCAGAGAAACCUCUUAUCAGCCCCGCUGUCUCCGGUUCAGAGGAUGAGUUUGUCUUUUCUCACUGGGGCUUCUUCUCAUUGGCUUUUAUUGCUUGAUGGUGCUGGAGGAGGACGAGGAGCUGGUGUAGUGAACGGCAUUUACUGAUCAUGACAUCAGCGUCAUCAUGUCUGUAAGAGUUGAAACGGCUGAAACGGCGGUGUGAAUUAUGGAUUAUUAUCACUGAUGUUCCCUCAUAUUCUGCUGGUGAACCAUUACAGCCUCAUUUAUCGUCAGAGGUGGAUCUAUUUUUGGAGCAAUUGCUGACGUUAUGAUCAUUUAAAGUGAAUUGGAGAAACCUCAGAUUUAUUUCGGGAGCAGGUUUGCCCUCACUGAAGCACUUGCUUGGGCCCUUGUUCCGGGUUUCUACUUCCAGCUUCUGAGUUUCUGACCAUGAUGAUGACUCAUUGGAAAGCAUCCAAGCUGAGCCUAAAGCUGGAGCGGGAUCAUGUCCGGGGUGUCCCUCAUCUCUCGUCCAAUGGCAGCUGACACUAGUUCAUGCACGUGGAGUAAUGACUAUUGGGAAGAGGUCAAUAAUGACUCAUGCGUGGGUAGCUCUAACCAUGUUACUCCAAAAAAUCCUUACUAAACUAAAACAUCUUGCCAAACACAGAUUCACAUCCGACCCACAAAAACGGGUUACAGGCUUGGAUAAAAGGAGUAGCAAAGCAUGAGCCAUAUCUGACUUACAGUAGCGGAGCAAUGCUCUGUCUUGGUUGGUUUCACCUGAUUCUGAAUCAGGAAAUGUAAAAGUGAAACAACCACUGUUUCACAUUUUUAGGUCCAUUUUAAGAGUUAAGAGUUGCUUGUCUUUAAGUGAAUCAAUGAGAUGCUUCAAAAGCAGGUCUGUGUCCACGUUCGUGUGACGGUGAAGGAGAUAACGGUGGUGGGAUAAUGGGAGGCGUCAGGCGCCAUGAACCUGGGACAGCAGACCGUGAAGACAAACUCCUGCCGCGCUCGUAAACGUUAGCGAGCACAUUAGACGGCGCAGCUGAGCCGUCUUCAUUAGAGGAGUUUGUCCAGGUGAGGUCGCAUCAGCGUCCUGGUGAAUCUUCACAUCACUUGCUCCCCGAAGCCUCCUGCAGAACAUCUGACGUUUGAGAGGUGAUAUUGAGCGAGCAGCCUUUGACCUCGGCCUGCAGACCAUAUUAAAGGUCACAAGGGUCAGAGGGGGCGAGGUCACUGAUCAGUAAAUAUGCGUCAUCCAUGAGGUCGAGGUUUGGAAGCUGAAGGAGUUUUGGACUGAAUUUUGAUUCAUGGAGGUCAAAAAGACAGUCGUCCGCUUUGGCACGAACGACACGAAGGAGAAAACCAGUGAGGUUCAUGGAUGUGGUGAAGGAGGCGGCGGGUGCUCGGAGGCCGACUUGCAGUUGAGGUAGUCCAAAAGACGUAUGAAACUUAAGCUUCCCAACGUGUCUUCAGUAAUGAAACUGGUGUGAGCACAGCGACGUCUUGAUUCAUAGGGAAGUGAUCAUCUCUGUAUUGACCAAUCAGAACAUGAGGCUCCCAGACUUGGUUUUAAUCAUUAGCUCAACCAAUUGAGAAAAGUUGGGGAGUGAUACAUGGUCACAUGACUGACGUGACCAAUCAUCAGUUUGCCUUUCAACAUAAGUGCACAAAAAUCUGAGAUAACAGUCGCGUGGACGAUUUUUAAAUCUUACCUUUGAUCCAGUUCUGUUUUACUUCAGGACAACAUAUAACUUCACUAAACAUUACAAUACAAAACAAUACAAUUAUCGUAUUAUGAUCCUUUUUUUCGUUGUUGUUACUCAAUUCCAAAUGUCAUGCAAAAAAAAAAAAUGGUUUCAUUUCAGAACAACAUGACACAACAUGGAAUAGCAAGUUUGUUGCCUCAUAUUUUGACCUUUGUUGGGGAUGAGGACACACAGAGAAAGCAGUCUUUCAAAAUAGAAAUGUAAAUGAAACUGAACACCAGCAGGAAGGCAUGUUUAUCAUCCGACGAUCUUGGCAUCCACUCGCCUUUUUGGAUCAACAAAGCUUCAGCCACAGACGUAAAAGUGAAGAAGUUAGACCUCCUGGCUCUCCGCUCACUCUUCACUGCUGAAAAUGAGUUUUCUCAAUCUUCCCAACAAAUCUCUCCUGACACUUGGAGAUGCGAGCAGAGGGCCAUCGUGGCUGUGAAGAGCCAGCAGGUGGAUUGCUUUGAUGGAUGGUCCAGUCUGGUCAGGAGAUAAUUCCGACUCCUGGCAGGUAGAAUAGAAGCGUGUGGAUUUUACUUCAGACAGAAAUGACAUCAUCUCAGGCCUGGGUCCUUCUCUGCUGACUCUCAUGGUGCACAGAGGUGUCUACAUGAGGUCAUGAGAGAAAAUAGAUAGAUACCUGGAACACGUCCGUGUUUAUAAUAUCACUGACUGUGUGAGGAAAGAGAGAGUACGCAGUCGAUGAUGGGUGAUAAAGGACCCGCACUGUUGGAGAUACAUUAUUAAUGUGACGCUGCUCUGAAACAAUAAUGAGUCACAUUUUCACCAUCAUGACAGAUGAUCCAGAUUAUUCAUCCUUAAACACAGGCGUAUCGGGUUUGUGGCCUCAUAAGAUCUGUCAUCUGCUUGAAUUCUCAUGUGUCUUUUGAUCAUGUUUGUCUAACUAUGUUAUAGAACAUGAUCAUAUCUCCACUCGCAAUAUUCAUCCCCUCCUAUUAAUGUUUCAAAGUUAAAACCACGUGAGUCACAAUUGAAUAACGGAGGCUUGGACCACGUCGAAGGAUCAACUGUAAAGUUCUUUUCCAUAUUUGCUCCCCGCUAUCAUGUUGCUUUGAAUCACCGACUGUGGAAUCACACAGGGAACUUGCGUGUCCGUCAUCAUUGGUCAGCGCGCGCGCGCGCGCACGCAUCGAUGGUGGAGGUGUGGUUUGUUUGGCGAAGCAUCAGGUAUCAUCUCCGUCUCUAUAUAAAUGCACCAACAUCAGGACAGAGCAGCAUCACGCAGCACCAGCACGGUGACAGCCUCAGCACGCGCCUCUUCUGAAAAUGGCAAACCUUCUGCGGACGUGGAUGAAGUUCUCUGCGCUUCUCUUGUGUCUGCUGGUGGUCUGGACCACUUUUGCAGACGCGUACCCGCCAAAACCGGAGCUUCCACCCAGCAACGCGUCACAGGAGGAGUGGGCCAAGUACCACGCCGCGAUCCGCCACUAUGUCAACCUCAUCACCAGACAGAGGUAUGGCAAGCGAUCGUCUCCGCAGCAGGAGGUGGCCUGGCUGCUGUUUGGGGCGGAUUCAAACCAGGAUUCUGAACCUCGCUUGGACUACAACGAUCAGUGGUAACUGACGGAGCUCCUUCGUCUCCCUGCCCAGCUAAAAUCAACCCACAAUCAAACACAGACAUUUCUUCAGGGCACAUCCUGCUUCUCAAACUUUGUGGACGUCCUCGCUGAAUGUUGCGUAUUGAGCAUGCAUCUGUUUGUCUUUCUCUUGGGUUCGUUUGGUGGC